AUGGCGCCGUCGUUGGUGCAUCCUGCCAGUUAUGGUCAGGUCAUCGAAUACAUCCAAGAUCGCCUGUACCUAGCAUCUUACAUGCAUGCACCCAACGAGCAUACUCCUUUCCCAUAUCCCACCCAGGCAAAGAAAUCGCCGCAAAAGAAGUCCUCCAAAGCGCUCUCAGGUCCCACUCCUGCCACUUUGCGACCUCCUCCAGUCUACUUCACCAUCGACGACACUCUUCUGUACAAUGCCUUUCACGCCGACUUCGGGCCCCUGCACAUUGGCCAUCUCUAUCGAUUCGCCGUUCAUUUCCACGAAAUCCUGGGUGACCCGGCCAACAACGACAAGGCCGUCGUGUUUUGGAGUAGGGCCGAUGCCAGGAGUCGAGCAAACGCCGCAUGUCUGGUCGCUUGCUACAUGGUGCUGAUCCAGGCAUGGCCUCCUCACCUUGCUCUUGCGCCCAUCGCUCAAGCCGAUCCUCCAUACAUGCCCUUUAGAGACGCCGGAUACAGUCAGGCGGAUUUCAUUCUCAAUAUCCAGGAUGUAGUAUAUGGCGUCUGGAAGGCCAAAGAAGAAAAUUUGUGUCAGCUCAAGGAGUUCAAUCUCGAAGAAUACGAGCGAUUCGAACGAGUUGACCAGGGAGAUUUCAACUGGAUCUGCCCCCAAUUUGUUGCCUUAGCAUCUCCUCAAUCUGAGCCCACCACACCUAUUCCCAUCUCGUCUCCAGCCUAUGCGACACUUCCCUCUUGCAUCCCGGAGAUCCAGCGUGCCAGAAUACCCCAACCCUUCAAAAACGUCCUCACGCAUUUCGUCCAACGGGACGUGGGUUUGGUUGUGCGACUCAACUCCGAGCUUUAUUGCCCAACAUACUUUACUGCUCUUGGUAUUGAACACAUUGAUAUGAUCUUUGAGGAUGGAACCUGUCCCGCCCUUCCAAUUGUCCGCAAAUUCAUCAAGCUGGCCCACGACGCUAUUGCCAAGAGUAAAGCCAUUGCCGUUCAUUGCAAGGCCGGUCUCGGGAGAACUGGGUGCUUGAUUGGAGCUUAUUUGAUCUAUCGCCAUGGCUUCACCGCAAACGAAGUGAUUUCUUUCAUGCGGUUCAUGCGUCCGGGAAUGGUGGUCGGGCCGCAACAACAUUGGCUCCAUCUGAACCAAGGUCAGUUCCGGGAAUGGUACUUGGAAGAUCAGUGGAAGGCAAAGAUGGAACUGAACAAACCCUCAACGCCUCGUGCGAUGUCAGCGAAAACACCCAUGCGUAUUCCAAGUGGAGCGCAGACUGCAACUCCGGACCGUUCUAGUGCCCAGAGAACUGCUCUGGGUGAAAUCGACGGCAACGACGUGUCGAAUGCUGCCGUCUAUCAGGAUGAAAACCUUCCAGCUCCAACGCCCGGUCAACCACGAAAGUAUGCUCGAAUGGACCCUCGAAGUCACCCAUAUGCUCGAUCAACUUCGGGUACUAUGCGCAUCAAUGGCAACAGGUCCGAGAGCGAAGUGACAACGGUCGAGACACAUCGACACAGUACAAAUGGUGCAGAAAGCGAAGAGGAGCUCAUUUUACAGCGAGCAGCAUCUCGUCGAAGUCAAAGCAAGAGUCCCAGCAGCAAGGGCAAAGCUCGCAGUGUUUCAUACACUACCACCACGACAACCAUGACCAAGACCGUCGAUGUGGGUGGCACGAUGGGUAUCUAUGAGGAUGAUGGUGAUAUCAAUUUCCAAAUAGAGGAUACAAAUGCCAUCUGGGAUGAACUCGCCCAGGAACAAGAAAAUCUCAAACUAAGCACGGUGAGUGAGAAGGGUCCAAAUGCAGCUGGCCGACCAAAGACUCCACGAUCUGCUAGUGGAAUGGGUGCCAUGAGCGUUUCGAAGACCCGAUCGCUGAGGGAAUCACCACGCCGCAGCGGCGUUGAGGAUAAGAUGAAGGUCAGGAAGACCAGUGGACGUGUUGGCAGUGCCAGUCACGGACCAGUUGGUGUUAAGCGGUAG